UUUGUUUUUUUCAGUCGAGAGAGAGAGAGAGAGAGAGAGAGAGAGAAGAGGAAAGAUCCAUGAAAAUGCAGACAAGGACAGUUCAAGUUGGGCAUAUUUCAGAUCUAGCAGGAGAGAGGGAGAUUAAAGAAUUCUUCUCAUUUUCCGGCGACAUCGAACACAUAGAGAUCCAACGGAGCAGUGGCGUUGGGGGAUCAAAGGUUGCAUUUGUCACCUUUCAAGAUCCAAAGGCACUCGAAAUCGCAUUGCUGUUAUCGGGUGCAACAAUAGUAGACCAGAUUGUGACUAUAACUCCUGCUGAAAACUAUGUACCAAAAGUUGAGGGAACGGCAAUGGUAGAACAAACCAUGAGCAUAAGUCCUGUUGAUGACCGUGCGCCAGAUGUUGAGUCUGAAAACACCUCUCCUAGCAAUGGACGGGUAUAUGUGAGUAAAGCUCAAGAUGUUGUCACGAGUAUGUUUGCAAAGGGUUCAGCUAUUGGACAAGAUGCCAUGAACAAGGCUAGAGCAUUCGACGAGAAGCAUCGCCUGACAGCCAAUGCAUCUGCUAAAGUCAUUUCCUUUGAUAGAAGGGUUGGGCUCACUGAGAAACUAACUGUGGGCAUCUCAGUUGUUAAUGAGAAAGUGAAGUCCGUUGAUCAAAGGUUGCAUGUAUCAGAUAAAACUAUGGCAGUGUUAACUGUAGCAGAACAGAAGCUGAAUGAUACAGGAUCUGCUGUCAAAACGAACAGGUAUGUUUCUGCAGGAACGGCGUGGCUAAAUGGUGCUUUUAGCAAGGUGGCGAAGGCUGGGCAAGUUGCAGGUGUGAAAACAAGAGAGAAGUUCCAGUUGGCAGUGUCAAACUUAACUGCAAAGGAUCCCAUUGCCACAAUGUAAGCCAGUAGCUUCUAGCUUCAAUGAUGUCUGGGAGGUUCUUCAGGUCAUUGUCUGAAGGAAUUGGGCUUCUCCAUACAUAAUUUCUACAGUUGAUGGAUUGAUAUCUGAAGGCACAUAAGUUGGGUGUAGUAAUGGCGUUGAAGCGAUGAAUGCGAGAAAUUUUCUUCAUUUCAUAUUGCUUUGUGGUAGGCUUUGUGAGCUUAGAUAUGCAAUUGUGCUUUGUAUUCAUUUGAUUUCCUUUCCCCCCAUUCGUAGGUGUAAGUUUGCAAGUGGGAGCUGUGUAUUUUCUUGUAUUAUUGUUUGCAUUUUCCAUAGGAUGUUUGAUUCAAAAUUUUAUUGUUUCUCAUGUUUGAUUGCCCAAUAUGAAUGAAAUCGAUUGUUAUUCUUUACA